AUGCGCUGCACUGCCUGUCGUAAGACGGCAGACAUUUCGCGGCUGCUCUCUGACAGAGGACGACAUGUUUCGCACAGAUAUUAUCGAGCACCGGGCACAACUUCAAAGAGGUUCGUGGCCUUGCCUCAGCCGCCAACGAGCCCAUGUAAAGAUUCGGGAUAUUGGAGUUCUUUCUGUUGUGCAUGGAACGAGGUCUUGGCACGAAGGCCGCUGGCAAUGGUUGUGUUCUUCAAUGCCACCAGCACGAUGACAUGGUUGACUGCCUUGACUCUUUUGUCGUCGAGUGCUGAGAUUCAAACAGCUUUGGCAGCUCCUGACUAUGCUGUAGGAUGGCUCACUAUGCGCUCCACAUUCAAACUACGGCAGCCGCUGAACUUUGCCUUGGCAGCGGCAGCGUCCAAACGGAUGCCUAGCCUGUCUUUGCUCAAGGUGUCGCCGCUGUUGACCGCAGUGGCUGCUGAUCCGGAUUCUAGAAACUCGAUGAUGUCUGUGUGCGCAGCAGUCUUCAGAUGGCGCUGGCUAGGAGUCCGUGGACGUGCCAUGCUUCGAAGGCUUCUGACUGGUGCUGGGCGGUUGCUCCGACUGGCAGAAGGCCCUCUGGACAAAUGUGGAUUUGCCUAUUUCCUCAGCGCGAAGUUUACGAAUCUUUGCACCGUCGCUCUGGCAACCGUUGCAUCAAUGCAGUAUGCAGACUUGCACAGUCGACUAGCGGCCUGGGGCGUCUCUGGUGACCUGCAAAAGGAAGCCGGACUGUUGGCAUGCGCAAGCUUCCUGAACGUCACUUUCGUGCCACUCCACUUCUACGGUUCGGUUCAGUUGGUUCGAUUCUUGGAGGGUGUCGCCGAAGACACCUGGAAGCAGGUCCACUUGGAACAGCAAUUGAACGAUCCAGGCAACGCAAUUGCACCCCCACAGGACGCAUCGGAGAUGAACAAGGAGGAAUUCAAGAAGAACCUCAUCAUUCUAGCUGCUUGCGGUGCAGCUCUGACUGAUGCAGCCGUCUGUCUUUAUUUCAUGAGACGGCUCGCCAAAUCGCCAGCUACAUGCAUCUCCGAUUCACUCGACUCCGCCGACGGCACACCAAUUUGA